AUGAUCGUCAAAAUAGCCAUUUUAUUAGUUCUAUGUAUUCAUUCGACGAUUGUUUCAGCAAUACGCCCUAUUAAGAACCCUUUCAAUGUUAAAGGUCGCGUGUAUUGUGAUCCUUGUCGUGUUGGUUUUGAGACUCCUGCCACCACCUACAUUGCUGGUGCCGAGGUUAAUCUGCAAUGCAAGGAUAGGAUCACAAAUGAAAUUGUAUUCAACAAGAAGGCUGAGAGUGAUUCUUCAGGAUCAUAUUCGAUCUUGGUGGACGAGAAACAAGCAAAUCAGAUUUGUGACGUUAGGCUUGUAAGCAACCCAUUACAUGACUGCAAAGAAGCCACCCCAGGCCGUGACCAAUCACGUAUUAUUCUCAAUCGCUUCAAUGGUAUUGCAACCAAUGAAAGAUUUGUCAAUAAUAUGGGUUUCAUGAAGACUAGGGUUGCGUCUGGUUGCGCAAAGAUUUUAGGCACUCUCAAGAGUUCCAUUAUGGGAAAUAAUUUUACUGAAAUUUAUCAUGUUUCUAAUUAA